AUGAAUAAGAAACGAGAAGAAGCUUUUUCCGAUUUAUUAGCAACUCUUUCAAAAAUGGUCUCAACGUUAAUAUUGGUCAUCAUCGCCCUGUUCGUUCCGCCAUUAGCUGUAUAUCUACAUGAGAAUUCAUGCAACAAUGUGACAAUUCUCAAUUUAAUCUUGACGAUUUUAUUCUUCUUACCAGGACUUAUUCAUGCAUUAUGGGUUAUUUUGAAAUAA